UCCUUACUAGAUGACAUUUCAUCGCAAUGUCCGAUCGUUUGGGGCAAAUAACCAAGGGCAAGGAUGGGAAAAGCAAGUAUUCGACUCUCAGCCUGUUUGAUAAGUAUAAAGGAAAAUCAGUAGACUCGAUCAGAUCCUCAGUUAUUCCUAGACAUGGCUUACAGAGUCUCGGGAAAGUUGCCACAGCCCGGCGUAUGCCACCGCCUGCAAACCUGCCAAGCUUGAAGUCUGAAAACAAAGGAAACGACCCCAACAUCGUUAUAGUACCCAAGGACGGGACGGGAUGGGCAAACAAGCAGGAUCAGCAAGACCCAAAGAGUUCCAGUGCGACGGCCUCUCAGCCGCCGGAGUUGCUGCCGCAGCCGGGUUUGCAGAAAUCUGUCUCCAAUUUGCAGAAACCGACACAGUCGAUCAGUCAGGAGAAUACAAAUUCAGCGCCAGGUGGACCAAAGUCAUGGGCACAGCUGAAUGGAAAGCCAGCAGGACACGAAGGUGGUUUAAGGGCCUCAAGCCGACUAUUAUCCUUCUCUCCCGAGGAAUUUCCGACGCUGAAAGCAGCUGGAGGGCAGGACAAGGCUGGCAAAGAAAAGGGCGUCUUAGAUCUGUCGUAUGGGCCAGGACCAAGCCUCCGCCCUCAGAAUGUGACAAGCUGGAGGGAGGGCGGUGGGCGAAACAUAAUUUCUGCCACGUCUCUGAGCGCCUCCCCAACUGAGCUGGGCAGCAGGAACUCGAGUGCGGGAGACGGAGCCCCCUCCUCGUCAUGUACCAGCGAUUCUAAGGACCCCUCUCUCCGCCCGGCUCAGCCUGUCCGAAAAGGGGCUUCACAGUUCAUGGGGAAUGUAUACCACCCACCUACAUACCAUGACAUGCUUCCUGCUUUUAUGUGUUCGCCACAGUCAUCAGAGAACCAGGGUACAGUGGAACGAGGAUCUUUUCCCCUUCCCCAGCUCCGUCUUGAACCCCGUGUUCCUUUUAGACAGUUCCAGAUGAAUGACCAAGACGGAAAAGAAAACAGGCUGGGAAUGACUCGCCCGAUCCGUCCGCUGAGGCAGCUGGUGGAACGGGCGCCGAGGCCCACCAUCAUCAAUGCGGAGAACCUGCGGGGCCUUGACGACCUGGACACCGAUGCUGACGACGGCUGGGCAGGCCUCCAUGAAGAAGUGGACUACUCGGAGAAGUUGAAGUUCAGCGAUGAUGAUGAGGAGGAGGAAGUUGUGAAGGACGGCAGGCCAAAGCGGAACAGUUGGGACCCCAGGAGGCAGCGGCAAUUGUCAGUGAGCUCUGCAGACAGUGCUGAUGCCAAGCGCACCCAAGACGAAGGAAAGGACUGGGGCGAAACAGGAGGCAGAACCCGUGUCGUCCGGAAGGUGCCAGAACCUCAGCCGCCUUCUAGGAAGCUUCACAGCUGGGUGUCAGGCCCUGACCACCAGAAGUCCUCCGUGGGCAGUGUGUUCCGGCAGCAGUCUGUCGAGGACAAAGAGGACAAGCCACCCCCGAGGCAGAAGUUCGUCCAGUCGGAGAUGUCCGAGGCCGUGGAGCGAGCCCGAAAGCGCCGGGAAGAGGAGGAGCGCCGGGCCCGGGAGGAGAGGUUGGCCGCCUGUGCCGCCAAACUCAAGCAGCUGGACCAGAAGUGCAGGCGGGCUCAGAAGGCGGGCGGGGCCCAGGAGCCGGCGGGGAAGGAGGCGCCCCACUCUCCAGGCACCCCACAGGAGAAUGGCCCAGCUGUCCGCAGAGGCUCCCCUGAGUUCUCUGCCCAGGAAGCCCCCAGCACGUUUUCGGAAGAAGCCCCUACAGCUCCUCCAGCUGUGGCUCAGAGCGGCGGCAGUGACGAGCGGGCCAGGGAGCCUGGGUCCCCCGCGCAGGAGUUCAGCAAGUACCAGAAGUCGCUUCCGCCCAGGUUCCAGCGCCAGCAGCAGCAGCAGGAGCAGCUGUACAGGAUGCAGCACUGGCAGCCGGUGUGCCCUCCGCCGCCCCACCCGCAGCGCACCUUCUACCCGCACCAUCCUCAGAUGCUGGGCUUCGACCCCAGGUGGAUGAUGAUGCCUUCCUACAUGGACCCACGAAUCCCACCCACUCGGACCCCAGUGGAUUUCUAUCCCUCAGCCCUACAUCCCUCGGGAUUGAUGAAACCCAUGAUGGCCCAGGAUUCUCUCAGUGGAACUGGCUGUCGCUCUGAGGAUCAGAGCUGUGUGCCCCCACUGCCAGAAAGGAAAGUGACCACCAUCGAUGCAGCCCCUGUGUGGAGCCCCGAGGGUUACAUGGCGUUGCAGAGCAAGGGCUACUCGCUCCCCCACCCGAAAUCCAGUGACACUUUGGCCAUGGACAUGCAUGUCAGGAAUGAAAGCUCUUACUCUGCCUCACCUGGAAGGUCAGGGGGCGUAAGUGCCCGGCGCGAUCUCCUUGAGGAGAGAGGGGAGGAGUACUUGAGUGCUUUUGACAAGAAGGCCCCAGCAGACUUUGACAGCUGUGUCUCUUCUCAAAGAAUAGGCCAGGAGAUUUUGUUUCCACCCCAAGAAAAUGUUCAGGAAGCAGGCGCGCCUGGGAGUCACACCCCAAACCUCAGGUGUUCCACACUGGAGCCCGACUUUGCCCCGGCUGAGAAAAAACCAGAGUAUAGCGACUGGGACGUGAGCCGCCAGCCGAAGGCCGCCGACCCAGACACCAGGGUCGAGAAAGAGGCGCCCCAGGAGGAGCUGUCCUUCAGUGUCUCCUCCUGGGAGAAGGAAGGGAGCCCUGGCAAACAGCCGGCCCUGGAGCCCGAGUGGACACCAGAAGCCCGGGGCACCGGCAGUCAGCACCCGGAGCAGACCAGCAGGACCCGGAGGUCUGGCCCCAUCAAGAAGCCCGUCCUGAAGGCCCUCAAGGUGGAAGACAAGGAGAAGGAGCUCGACAAGGUGAAGCCGGAGCUGGGAGAGGGGAGCGCCCGCCUGGCUCGGGAGACGGGGCCCGUUUGCGAGGCGGCCGAGGACCAGGACCAAGAGAACGCCCCCGCGCUGGCCAGCGUGGCCCCGGCCGCCUCAGAGGACCGGGGCUCGGCCCGUGCUGCCUUGGGCCGCGAGGCCAGCCGGCCGGAGGAGGAUGGCCAGCCCGACGGGGCCCGGGCGGCCAGCCACACCCCCCCUACCAGGAGGAAUAACUGGAUCUUCAUUGAUGAGGAGCAGGCCUUUGGGGGCCGGGGGCAGGCCCGGGGCCGCGGCCGCGGGUUCCGAGAGUUCACUUUCCGCGGGCGGCCCGCGGGCGGCGGCCUCUGUGGCGGGGGCGUCCUUGGGGCGCGGGGCCUCUAUGGCGGCAGCCAGAGGAGCGGCCGCGGCCGGGGACCGCGAGAGUUCGGGCUGGCAGAUGACUUCCCCCGGGCCAAGCCCCGGCGGAGGAUCGCCAGUGAGACCCACAGCGAGGGCUCUGAGUACGAGGAGCUUCCCAAGCGGCGACGGCAGCGGGGCGCCGAGACCGGGGACGAGGGCGCGCUCCCGGAGAGGGAGGAGGCCGCCGGGAGGAAGGGUGACUUCAGGGAGUCCUGGAGGUCCGGCAGGAUGUGCCCCGAGGAACACGGCGGGCCAGAGGCCAAGAACCGAGGCCCGCGGGCCUUCGGGCGCGCCCUCCCCCCGCGGCUGAGCAACUGCGCAUAUGGCCGGAGAACCUUCGCGGCCAAGGAGGCGGCCCCCUGGCCGAGCCGGGUUCUGGUCGCCUCCUGGCAGGAGUCCGGCCCCCCUGACACGUGUGGGGCCCGGCGGCCCUCAGACAGAGACUACAUCCCGGACGCCUACAGACACCCCGACGCCUUGGGCACCCGGGGCUUCGAGGAUGGCCGUGUGGAGGACAAGAGGGCCUUCUUCCAAGAUGACCACGCAGCAGAUUCGGAAAAUGCCGAGAACCGGCCCUUCAGGAGAAGACGGCCCCCGCGCCAGGACAAGCCCCCCCGCUUCCGGCGCCUUCGGCAGGAGCGGGAGGCCCUGGGCCUGUGGGGGCCGGAGGAUGAGCAGCCCCUGCCAGCGGGCCAGUGGCCGGGCCGGCCCAGACCCUGUCCCGGGGACAGGAGCGGCACCACGGGCCGCAGGUCCCCCGAGCUCGCCUACCAGAAUUCCUCGGACCACGCCAACGAGGAGUGGGAGACGGCCUCCGAGAGCAGCGACUUCAGCGAGAGGCGGGAGAGGCGGGACGGGCCCGGGCCCGGGCCCGGGCCCGAGCCCGACCCCCAGGCCGACGGCCUGCCCGGGGCGAGCACGGGCGAGAAGAAGGAGCUGGCCAAGCGGAGCUUCUCCGGCCAGAGACCCCUCGCUGACAGACAGAGCCGGAAGCUGGAGCCGGGAGGGUUCGGGGAGAAGCCUGUUAGGCCAGGUGGCGGUGAGACUUCUCCCCGUUAUGAGAGCCAUCAGAGUGGGACGCCUUUGAAAGCCAAAAGGUCCCCGGAUGACACCUUGCCUGGAGGUCUCGGCUGCAGCAGUGGGAGCGGCCACUACACGCUGGAGCGGGCAGCCCAUGCCACCUCUGACAUCCCUGAAGCCUCCUGUGAGAAGGCAGAGAAGGAGGCCCAGCUGGCUGCCCAGAGGGCAGGCGAACAGGGAGAGACCAUGAAACCGUUUGACCUGAACUAUGGAAAUGCCGGCGUUGAAAACUGCGGAUCCAGCCCCGGAGAGGAGGGUGAGGUGGGCUCUGUGGUGGGGGAAGGCUUCAUCGAAGUCCUGACCAAGAAGCAGCGCCGUGUGCUGGAGGAAGAGAGGAGAAGGAAGGAGCCAGCCGUGCAGGUACCUGUCAAAGGCCGAAAUCUUUCCUCUCGUAUUCCUCCUCGGUUUGCGAAAAAGCAGAACCACCUGUGCCUGGAGCAAGGUGAUGGAGCUGUGCCUGGCAGUAGCCUGGGCACCGAGAUCUGGGAGAGCAGCGGCCAGGCCCUCCCCAUUCAGGCCUCGACCGGCGACUCCUGGGCCAAAGCCGCCACUGCCUUUGCCGGCACCGAGCCCGGCUCUGCCGAGCAGGGCUUUAAGAGCAGCCAGGGAGACAGUGGCGUUGACCUGAGCGCCGAGUCUCGGGAGUCCUCAGCGACCUCCUCGCAGCGCAGCUCCCCGUACGGCACUCUGAAACCCGAGGAGGCGAGCGGGCCUGGCCUGGAGCCCAAGGCCGAUGGCCACAAGGAGCAGACUCAGAAGCAGUCGGAGCCGAAGGAUUCCGAACAAGGCUCAGGACAGAGCAAGGAGCACAGACCAGGCCCCAUCGGCAAUGAGCGGUCUCUGAAAAACAGAAAGGGCUCCGAGGGGGCUGAGCGGCUGCAAGGGGCUGUGGUCCCCCCUGUCAAUGGGGUGGAGAUUCACGUGGACUCUGUGCUGCCAGUGCCCCCCAUUGAAUUUGGAGUCAAUCCAAAGGACUCUGAUUUCAGCUUGCAGCCCGGUUCUGCCUCUGGUCCCGCGGGGAAUCCAGUUGUCAAACUUCAGGACGCGUUGGCCAGUAAUGCUGGGUUGGCACAGAGUAUUCCCAUCCUCCGGCGCGAUCAUCAUAUCCAGAGGGCCAUCGGCCUCUCCCAGAUGUCCUUCCCCACCGCUGACCUCACUCUGAAGAUGGAGUCUGCGCGCAAGGCUUGGGAGAACUCACCCAGUUUGCCGGAGCAGAGCUCUCCAGGAGGCACUGGCUCGGGCCUGCAGCCCCCGUCCUCCGGGGGAGCCUCCAGCGGGGUCACCUACAGCUCCUUCGGUGGGGUCUCCAUGCCCCCCAUGCCCGUGGCCUCGGUCGCACCUUCUGCGUCUCUUCCAGGCAACCACCUGCCACCUCUCUACCUGGAUGGCCAUGUGUUUGCAAGUCAGCCCCGGUUGGUUCCUCAGACGAUACCUCAGCAGCAGAGUUACCAACAGGCUGCCGCUGCCCAGCAGAUCCCGAUUUCCCUUCACACGUCUCUGCAAGCUCAAGCCCAGCUCGGGCUGAGGGGCGGGCUCCCCGUCUCCCAGUCUCAGGAGAUCUUCAGCUCCUUACAGCCCUUCAGAUCUCAGGUGUAUAUGCACCCCAGCCUGUCACCGCCCAGCACCAUGAUCCUCUCCGGAGGCACAGCCUUGAAGCCCCCCUACUCGGCGUUCCCAGGCAUGCAGCCCUUAGAGAUGGUGAAGCCCCAGUCCGGCUCGCCCUACCAGCCCAUGAGUGGAAACCAAGCCCUGGUCUACGAGGGCCAGCUCGGCCCGGCCGCCGGGCUCGGCGCCUCCCAGAUGUUGGACUCCCAGCUCCCGCAGCUGACGAUGCCGCUGCCUGGCUCCCAGCUGCCCCUGCCUCGGUACGGCUCUGGGCAGCAGCCCCUGCUCCUGCCGCAGUCCAUCCAGCUGUCACAGGGGCAGAGCCUCUCUGUCGGGGCCCCCCGAAGAAUGCUCCCACCUGGCUCCCAGCCUUCGGUCCUUAACACCAGCAGAGAGUCCUCUCAGAUGGAGAUGAAGGGCUUCCACUUUGCCGACAGUAAACAGAAUGUUUCUUCAGGAGGCUCCAUGCCAUCACCGCAGACCUACAGGCCUAGCUCUGCUAGCCCCAGUGGGAAGCCCUCUGGAUCAGCAGUUAACAUGGGCUCUGUGCAGGGACACUACGUUCAACAGGCAAAACAACGAGUGGAUGAAAAGCCCAGCCUGGGAGCCGUGAAGCUGCAGGAGGCCCCCUCAGCCGCUUCCCAGCUGAAGCGAACUGGAGCGAUCAAGCCCCGGGCGGUGAAGGUGGAGGAGAGCAAGGCCUGAAGAUGCUGGGCCUGGCCUGCCCGGAAGGACUGCCGCCCCUCGACCUCGCUGCCACCGGACGCUGGGGAGUCUCCCAGGUGGAUCCACCGUCCACCGACCUGGCCCGGACUGCGAGAUCUCCCUGCUCUCCUCCACUCCUGAAAGCUCCGUUGUCCAACCAGCUUGCACCCGUGGAUCUGUGGCAUUGACCUGCUUGGCUUUAACACGAAAAAAACAAAAAAGCAAAUGACUCCAUUCCCGCCUCCUUUGCGCCACGACCGGUGGAGUGACCGAGCCGUCGUGCCGUGCAGAUUAACCCCGCCCUCCCCUCCUCAUCCUGCUUCUGGCGGCCAAGGCGCCCUCCACCGAGCUUCCUUCCCUCCCCGCUUUCCGUCCCCGGGCACAGUGGUCUGGCAGCAGGGCCGUUUUAGUUGAGGCUUUUUGUUCUAAAAAGCAGCUAAAGGUUUUUACAAAAGAGAAAGGAAAAGAGAAACACAAGCUUCGUCUGUAAGAGCUGGACUUUUAUAUGUUCUUUGCCGUCCUCUCCCUGACCCCUCUUCUGUUGCGGUAGUUUCUUUUUAACCUCUCUCCUGUUUCAUUUGAUACAUCACUGCUGUGAUACCUUAAGAGGUGACGCGUAGGAACGUGUCCUCUCCUGCUCUCUGUGUCUCGGUUGGUUAACCUUUGAGGUUACUUGCAAAAAGAAGUGGUGACUUAAGACACCGCUCCUGAGCUUGGGAAGCGGUGGUGGGAGGGAGGGGAGGGGGGAUGGCGUUUUAGUCGGGAAGCCGCUGGCCUGGUGACCACAGCGACUUCAUGGGCGGCCCGGCCCGGUGAAGUUGACGCCGUUUUUAGCAUAAGAAUUACACAGAAUUUCUGUCUUGAACUCUUCAAAACUGGUGGGGACACUGACCGCUGGGCACCUGAGGUGAAUCAUGGAGAUAGAAGGCCCUGGCAUUUUCCAGUCUGGCCUGGACGGUGCGAACUGACAGCGCCAGCCCCCAUCAGUGUCUGCUUCUGGGACUCCAGCGCCCGCGGGGCCUGAUGUUUUCCCACGCGCUCCCUCCCCUCCGAGCUUCCCUCGUCCUUCCUGAGCUGUCCUUCCUGAGCUGCCUCCGUGUCUCUGGGUCCUCCUGUCCCUCCACCUCUCUCAUAGCUCGUCACUGGAAGCCACGCACUUCCUCUGUGGUGACGGACGCGUGGACAGUUGUCACUAGAGACCGUGCACUUCAUCCGCGUGGCUGUGAGCGCAUGGACGGGGGUUUGGUUGGGUCUGCGACAGAGGCGUGAGCUCUGGGAGGCUGCUGGGAGGGCUUCCUUUUUUCUGCUCCCAGCAGCAGACCCAGGCUGUGGGGACAGAGAGGCCUGAGCUGGGCAGUGGGUCUCUUCAAGGACAGAGCAGUGUCCAAGGGGAGGAUGGGUUGCAGGGCUGACGGUGACUCCCAGAACAGCCUGGGUAGCCUCGUAAGUCUGCAGAGCUGCCUUUGUCAGAGUCUGUGUGAGGCAUUUUAUGCUAGGCUUUUGUUUUUAAGAUAAGAAUUAGAAGGAAAUCAUCCCAAAUUCUGUCGUUCCAAGGAAAGGCGAGGGGAAAUUUGAAGUUUUGCUCACGCUCUUGGGAGUAACUAACGCGCCAUCUACCUGCCGUUGCUGGCGGGUCCAGGGAAGACCUGCCUCGGAGAAUGGGCAGUAGGCGAUCGGGGGCGUGCCCCACAGAGUCCACCCGCAGUGUCGCCACAGGUGUGUGACAGUCACUCGGGCAGUGGCUCUAAGCUCUGUCCAGUGUGGAACACGGGGAAAGAAGCGCCUUAGGAACCGCCGAAGUCACUUGUUGCUCUUCAGUGCUUUAAGGAAGUGGGGGAGCAACAGCCUCCUGGCAGAGGGUGCAGGGCUCCUCCGGCGUCAUCCGGGGAGGCCGGUUUUCCUGAAGGAUGCUUCGCUGCUUGUUCGAUAGUGUUCAGCACUCCCUCCUUGCCUCCACCCUCAGGCCUUACUUCUCACUGGCUUUUUUUUUUUUCCUCCUUCAUCCCCUGACUCUUUACUCGGAAGGCCCUUCUUGAAGGGCUGCCCACUGGCUCACCUGCUCUUGUCUCCCUUCCCCCGCGAGUGCCUAGCUGCCGUCCCCGCACCCAGCCGCCCUGACUGAGCUCCUCUCCGCUCCAGUCGCCCCUGCAGAGGCCACACACUCACUCUUAGAAACACGGCCAGACCCCUCACACCUAAUUCCAGUGCACAUUGUUUGUCAAAAGGAAAAAAGGCUUUCUCAUUUUGAAAUUGAACAGGACAGUCCUGGAUGCUGUUACAAACUCUCAAGCUGUAUGCUUCAGGUGAACCUGCCAUCGGAGUGACGGUACUUCCUGUUUGAGAAAAAAUAAAAACGAAAGGGUCACCUGUUAUCCAGCCCUUUUCUCUACCCCUGUAUUUCCCCACCCCCACCCCCCAAUAAAAACAGAAAACACUAGAA